AAAUAUCCGGCUAGUUCUAAAUUCUGAAGGUGGACCAUUAUUAAACGGAUUGCAUUACACCGGCCAAAAAAAAAAGCAAAAACAAAAAAAAGAAACAAAAAAAAGAAAAAUUAACGAAAAAGAAGGAAAACCCUGAUAGUCUACUUUUGACGGCUUGUUGUAGUUGUUUUUCUUCUUUACCUUCUUUAAAAUGCAAAUCAAAGGUCGAUGUGAUAAAACAAAAAUGCAAUCUGGAAGUAUAAUAUAUACACCAAAAUUCAUAACAGGCUUAGUAGGUCGAAUACAACAGAACAAAAUGUUUGUGAAACUUGCUGCCUUCUCCGGCCUGGGUGUCUUACUCGUCCACUCUGCCAGAGUACCCGUUUCUCUGGCCGGGCUAGGUGUGUUUGGUGCUUAUGUUGUUACUGGUGGAUGGCAUUUCAUAUGGGUGAUUUGCAACACGCUAGGACGAGACCUAUGGUCUCUGUAUUCUCUCCUGAAAAUAAGGUUUAAAGUUCAGCAACACACAAAGAACCGUGAGACAAUCGGUACACUCUUCAAGAAGGUUGCAGACAGCCAUCCAAACAAAAUCGCAUUUCGCAUUGAAGACAGAAUCUGGAAUUACCAGAAUGUCGAGGACUAUUCUAAUACCGUUGCCAAUCACUUCCUGCGAGCUGGCUACCACCCCGGUGACGUUGUGGCAUUGUUCAAGGAAAGCUGCCCUGAGUAUGUUUGCAUAUGGCUUGGUCUGUCAAAAAUUGGCAUCAUCACAGCGCUGAUUAAUUUCAAUCUGCGAGGAUAUUCCCUGUUGCACUGCAUAAAUGAUGCAAAACCCAAAGCAAUUAUUUGCGGAUCUGAAUUGGCGAAAGCUCUUGAAGAAAUUGUGCCAAACCUCGACAGUAAAACUAUUUUCUAUUACUGUGGUUCUGUCAGCAACUCAAUCAGUGCUGUCAGCCUCGAUCAAGUCUUGGAGAAGGAGAGCACGAAAGCUCCACCCAGCAUCUCAAAUUUUAAAGAUAAACUAAUGUUUAUAUACACAUCUGGGACAACUGGAUUACCAAAAGCAGCCACAAUAACCCAUUGCAGAUAUUUCUUCAUGGCGUACGGCAUCAAGCAGUUCCUCCAGGUGAAAGAGUCCGACAUCCUGUACAACACUCUGCCGUUGUACCACUCAGCCGGUGGCAUCCUUGGAAUCGGUCAAACCUUACUUGGUGGAACGACCUGUGUUAUUCGCAAGAAGUUCUCUGCCAGUCAGUUUUGGAUAGACUGUGUGCACUAUGGCUGCACUGUGUCUCAGUACAUUGGUGAGAUAUGUCGAUACCUCCUGGCUCAGCCAAACAGACCCGAAGAAAAACAGCACAAACUGCGACUCAUGUUCGGAAAUGGGCUACGACCCCAGAUUUGGGAACAGUUCCAGAAACGGUUCAGCAUCGAACAGAUUGGAGAGUUUUAUGGUGCCACCGAGGGCAACUGCAGUCUGAUUAACAUCGACAACACAGUGGGUGCUGUUGGAUACACAACAAGAAUUUUACCAUUUCUCUAUCCUGUCACCUUAGUGAAAGUAGAUGAAUACACAGGAGAACCAGUGCGUGAUACAAACGGAAUCUGUGUAAAGGCAAAACCAGGUGAACCAGGUCUGCUUGUGGGGAAGAUUGUGAAGGGAGACCCAACUCGAGAGUUUGAUGGUUAUCUCAAUCAGAAAGAAACAAGCAAGAAGAUAAUUCCUGAUGUUUUUAGAAAAGGUGACAGGGCCUUUGCCACUGGGGAUAUACUUUCUAUGGACCACUUUGGCUACAUGUAUUUUCGAGAUAGGACAGGAGACACGUUUCGAUGGAAAGGAGAAAACGUAUCAACAUCAGAAGUAGAAGCUGUUAUAAGUAACAUUUUAAAACUGCAAGAUGUUGUAGUGUAUGGGGUGGAGAUUCCAGGUGUUGAGGGUCGUGCGGGUAUGGCAGCAAUAGUUGAUGAAAAUGAAAGUUUGAAUUUGGAUGGACUUUGUGAAAAUAUAGCCACAUAUUUACCUGUAUAUGCAAGACCGCUUUUCAUCCGUCUUUUAAAGUGUUUACAAACAACAGGUACAUUCAAGAUUCAGAAAACUGAUCUGCGAAAGGAAAACUUCAACGUAAACCUCACAAAGGACAAAAUUUAUUACAUGGAUAGUAGCUCAAGGAAGUACCAGUUAAUCACUCCGGACAUCUACCAGGAUAUUUGCAGCGGAAAAAUAAGAUUUUAACAUUCCAGUAUUGUGAACAUUUUUUCUAUAGAGAUAAAAGAAAAAAACAAACAAAAAAAAACAGUGAUGAUGAUGAUGAUGAUGAUAAUGAUGAUCAUAAUGAUGGCGACGAAAAUAGUAAUAUGAUACAAUACUAGUUAGACAUUUCCCCGUGAGCAAAAGUGAAAACUAGUCAGCAAUUUGAAAAUGUUUGGUAGAAAUUUGGGGGAAAUUUAUUUUUUUUUUCCUUGGAAAAUGACCAAACUUAAUUGUGAACGCUUGCACUUUUAGCAAAUUCGAACCCCUAGUUUAAAUUCAAGCCCUUUUUGUUUUCUCCUUUGUCUAAUCUUGUACGUAUAUACUCUGAGAUACGGCUAUUAAUACAAUUAUCUUCAUCUCUGACCAUCUGUUUUCGUAAUGGGAGGCAACUCUAUAGUAUUAUCUCCCUUGGUCACUGAAAUACUAGAGGAUUACUAUCGUAUGACGAGUAACGGUCGAUAGUAUCAGAUUAUGUUAGAAUCUGUAAUUUAUUGUGAAAAUAGAAUUUAUAAGUUAAAGGUUGGCAGUUUGGCUUCGAGGUGGACUAAGCUCACGGCUUUUGCUACCACGAAUCCAGUAACCUAAACCCACUUUAUUUUAUAAUAAUUAUAUUUUUAAUCUAAUAAAUAUGUUUAUUUUGGAAAUUAGUGUGUAGUUUAUUAUUUUGCAUAAAACACCAUGAAAUUAUAAAUAAAUAAAAAGAGGAAAAUUAUGAAUUAUUGUUAUCUGAUGUUACCCACUUUGGAAAAAGUAUAUUACCGUCAUCUGAUGGGUAACACUAAAACUAGCAUAUUCAUACAUAUGCAUACAUAUAUGUGUCACAGACAAGUAAAACAAAGUAACAAGCAAUGCUAAAUUCAGAAAAAAAAAAUGUAUGUAGCUAUUUUACAUGAUGUUUUUGUAAUGGUAUUAUUAUCAUCAUUAUUAUUAUUGUUAUUAUUAUAACUGAAUGUAGUCCUAAAUUAUUUUAAACCCAAAGAAA